GGACCGGCCACUAUAUAAAGCGCUACGGAGCGUUUGACAGCACCUUUUUUGUUCCAAAUUUGAAUCAGUGAAGAUGGACAAAAUUAAUAUCCAACCGCAUUACGGUACUAGAAAAGUGUACGCGCGCUACCCGAUGGUGUUUGCGCAGCAACCUAUCCGGCGUAGUAUGCAUUUUUACGAAAGUCUGACUCCGUUGGGCAAAAUCCGUCGUACCGAGCAUAUCGGGUACGAACGUUUUGUGCUUCCGGAAAAUCGUGUGUCGGUGGGCGAUGCAGUCCUGCAGAUUGGAACCGUAACGUGCCACACCGUAGUGAAUGCAGAGCAUACCGGUCGCUCGCUGUACGCGGAGUUUCGCAACGCCAAGUCGAUGGUGUUGAAGCAGCGCAACACGGGCGAAAUCUAUGAGGUAGCCGUUGUGCACCGUUUGAACGGUCCAACCCGACCAUUCGUGAAAGUGUACUUCCGCAUGCAUCGUCUGUUCAAGUCUCGGUCGGCCCCACGUACGGCCCACUAAAGCAUGUCGCUUGCGCUGCAUUAAAAAUCUGAUGCAGAUAAUAAUAAAGGAAGCAAUCGGGUAAUACACGCGAAUGCUACUUUGUUAUUCAUUUAGAA